ACAUCGUUUUUGCGAAAGCACACACCGACUCCACAUUAACUUCAGUGACCUCCGACGUGUGAAGCCGGGAGUCGUUGCUGCCGACGUGAAUUACGAUCUUACUGUAUUUACGUUUAGUUUUAGCCAGCAGCUUCAGUUUGGAUUCGAUGUCGCCGGCUCUGGCCCCUGGCAUGCAAUUGACUAUGGUCGCUGGUGUCGCUACCCUCUCGUUUCUCAGAACCGAGUCGCCAAUGACCAGAGUUUGCUUCUCAACGGGUGCGUCGCUGAGUGGAGAGAAUCGGUUUGAAACGUGAGCUGGUGGCUCUUUAAUCGUGGGCUUUUUAAGGGUAGCACUAUGCCCCCUCCGGACAGUCACCCAGCCGCCCUGGGCUCCCGGCUGCACGGGACAAGUCGAGGGACUGCUAGCUGAGGCUAAGCUACGUGCUAAGCUAGGCGGCUCCGCGGCGGCUGGCUAACUACAGCUAACGGAGCUUCUAAGUCGCUAAGCCUCGCCUCCAUCGCUACCAAUACACGACAUUUGUUACAUGUACCACUACUGUUAAAGGAGGCAGAGGAGUAAGUGAACACGAGACACUCGGAGCAGCAGAGAGCUCUUCAAACAGAAGAAUCCGGUGACACGCAGAUGGAAAGACACAGAAUCGCUGAAGCACCAAAGAGUGGGGGCAGGGUGUGGCAUGAAGCAGGCAGGCAUCUGUAGGCCUGUUUGUACUGGUGGGGACUGUAUUACUGUUAACCAGGACAAAGUGGACUUCAGAACAGCAGAGACAGCAUGUGGAGAUAGGAGCGGAGAACUACUGACGCUUCAUCCUGAGACAGAUGGGAGCAUCCUCCACACUUUGAGUCAGGAGUUGUCUGGAAACUUCUGGAUCGGACUGCGUUUACCAGCUGGCGCAUGUAGCAACCUCUCAUCUCCACUCAGAGGCUAUGAGUGGAUCUCUGGUAGCACACAGAAGAGCUUUAUCCCAUCCUCCGACACCUGGAAACACAGCACUGAAGUCUGCUCUCCGCACUGUGUGUCCCUUUCAAACGAUCAAAAGUGGACAGAGAGACUGUGCUCAGAGGAAACUGAUGGAUAUCUGUGCAGAACACAGCACAAAGACGCGUGCCAGGCACAGGAAUUAUCGGAUCCAACUUUUUUCGUAAGCUCUAAAGGCUGUUCAACAGGCCCUUGUGAGCACAAAUGCACGGACGUAAAAGGAGGUUAUAUAUGCUCUUGCUUCACAGGAUACAUCCAAGACAGCAAAGACCCCAGGCAGUGCAAAGUGCAUUGUGGCGAGAGGAAAUGCCCAUGUUCAGGACACAGUGGGGGCGAAUGCUUCUGUCCUGAGGGCUACAUCCAGAACUUGAGUUUCUGUGAGGACAUCGAUGAAUGUUUGCAACAGUCUUGUGAACAAGACUGUAAAAACACUUUUGGAGAUUUUGAGUGCUCCUGCGGAGAAGGAUUUGUACUUGAAAGCAAAUACAGUUGCGUCAAAGCAAAAGACAGAGAGAGUUUUUUCACCAUGACUCCUGUUAGCGUGCGUGCUACCAAACCUGCUGUUGAUAAUACCCCGAAGACGUCUUCUGCACCUGCUGGAGGGUUUCUCUGGGUAUGGGUUUUUGCUGCUGCGGCUGUGGUGGUGUUAAUCUGUGUGGUGAGGUUUUAUGUUGUGAGGCGUCAGAAGCGCAGAGAACAAAACUCCACUCAACAGUAUCCUGCUCCUGUGGAUGAUAAUGAGUGUUAACGCUGAGUCCACCAGAUUUAAUAUUCAUGGUUUGGUAUUUUGUGAACUGUUAAGCCUCAAUUUUCUGAACAGUGCACCGUAAGACAUUUACCUGAGGAAAUAUGUUAACAUGGAUACAUUUUAAAUGCGAGCAGGCUAUUGUGAAUUCACUCUCAGUUUCACAUAUGCAUCAUUAAAAUCAACAAUAAUGGGAAAGAAUAUUUUGAAAGUCAAUUCAUUAUUAUAUUCAGAUUAAGUGCAUGAAUACAAAUAUAAGCAAUUUAAUUCAAAACUAUCAGAUAAUUUGCAGUAGUUAAGAUAAAAUACACUGUGUUAUGAAAUGGAGCUCAAUAAAGAUCAAAUCUGAUAAACUGGAAAUCAUCAAGUGUUAGUUCCUUAAAAUGACCCUGAAAUAAAUGUACCAUGUUUCUUUGGGCAUUUAAAUAGAGUAAUCAUUUGUAUAUGUGCAUAUCCAUUCAACUUAAUGUAAAAAUAUGGAGUAUUGAAAUAAAUGUUCUUUAACCCUGAUCCUAAGUGGAACACAGAGGAGGUGACUGUACACGUGGUCAUUCAUGAGACAUGUUAAAUAAUUAAAAUCUGAAUUAUUCAAACGAAUCAAUGCUCCAUUUCCUUCAUCAUGCAUGCUCUUAGAGCGCCAUCUACCGUUUUGCUCAACAAAUUGCAGUAACAGUUAUCGCCAGUCUGCGUUGGUUUCAGUUAUAGUUUGAAAGAAACUUUGCCUGAUCUUAUUGUUUAGCUACCUGCUGAAUGAACAGUACUUACUUCAUGUUUUGUAAACAACCAGUUUUCUGAAGAAAAGUGGACAAGUUAUAGACAAAAUAAAAAAAAUAAAUAAAUAAAUAUAUAUAUAUA